GGGUGGGAUGGAGGGAGAGAGACCCAGCGGCGGCCGCCCCCCGGUGUCGCCCUCGGGCGCUUGAGCGCCGCCACCCCCAGGCUGGUGCUUAUCUAUUUUUUGCGCGAGCGCUUGGGCCCUCGCGCGCCGGAGGAGCAGCCAAAGCAGUAUCUGCCCCGCCGGCUCCUCCUCCUCCUCCUUGUCGUCCACCGGGCAAAGAGAGCCGCUGCCUCAGAGCGGGCGGGCCUUUGUCCCUCCGGCUCAGCCGCACACACGGCUAGCGGGUCUGGCCGAGAGGAAGCGAGCGAGCGCGCGCGCGCCCCUUCCCCGGCUUCUCUCCCGCGCGCGCCCGCCCGCCUCGCCCCGCAGCCGCGCUCUUGGCAUUGUGACAGGAGCUGAGCUCACCUGCCUCGCAGCCGGCCGGCCGGCUUUGGGCUGCGCCUCAGAAGGACCACGCGAGGGUGAGGAAGAGGAGGAGGAGGAGGAGAAGAAGCACCACCCCGCCUCCUUCUCCCUCCCUCUCUUGCCUUCUGCAGCCGGCAGAAGAGCGGCUCCUCCGCUCGCCUGCGCCUGACUCCCGUUGCCGCCGCCGCCUUUUGUUUGGCUUCUCUCAGCCGCCGGGCGGGCGGGCGGGCGGCGAGUCUCUCCGUUGGCUCCCUUGGGAUGGUUUCGUGGACUUGCUGCUCUACCGGCUGGCGAUGCCCUGCUAGGUGAGUGAGGAAUUUCAGAUUGAAUAAGAAUUAGGAACAUUUUUUUAAAAGUAUGCAUUUCUCCCACCCCCCAAAACCAACCUCUAAAUCCGCAUCAUUGCUGCGCCCCUGCAUGUGAACGGAGGGCGAUUUCGUGCAAUCACUUCGGGGCUCCUCCGCCCUCCUGGUUGGCGGGCGGGCGGGCGAGUUCGGCCCUGGGCUCCCCUGGGCGCUGCGGGCUCCGGGCGUGAAUGAGCCACACCCUCUUUGUCUCGUCUGUCUUCAAGGGCCUCGGCUCGCUAACUGCCAUGUCUCCAGCAGCGGCCAGCUCGGGCCCCAGCAAGCGCCAGAGGCCCGGCGGCGCGGCGGCGCCCUAAGCGAGCGGGACGCCGAGCCGGUGGAUGCGGCCGCCGGCAUGUCGAGCGGCAGAGUGGACGGCGGGAGCGGCGCGGCCGCGCAUCGGAGGUCCGAGGCCAGCGAAGGGGUGGCGCAGAGAGACGAGGAGCAGGAAGAAGAUGCGGAGGAAGAUCUCCGAGACGGAGGAGUCCCUUUCUUCGUCAACCGAGGCGGGCUGCCCGUCAACGAGGCCACCUGGGAGAGGAUGUGGAAGCACGUGGCCAAGAUCCACCCCGAGGGAGAAAGGGUGGCCCUGAGGAUCCGGGGAGCCAGUGACCUGCCCAAGGUGAGGGGGAGCUGUUUUGUGCAGGACGAAGGCAGGUGUGAACUGAAUCUCGGAGUUACAGGCCAGGGAAUGAAUGAAAUGGGAAGAUGGAGGGGGAAUCUGGGAUUGAAACCCGUCAAUCUCAAGAUUCUAGUUCAUAGUGAGGAAGGAGGUGAACUGCAGAGUGAGCAUGCAAACUGCUGGGUUCUGCCUUUGCAUACCUGAGAUGGUAUCAACAGGUCUUUGAUGUUUUUGUGUCGUCUGCAUUAGCGACUUCUUGUUUGUUAAUGGAGUCAGGAUCUUCCAUAGCAGCACAAGGGAAUGCAGAAUUAUUGGAACAAUCUUUGGGAAUGCUGCCUGUUUUGAUGAGGAGUGUGCUCAGAUUGGCUCCAGAAGUGCCUUUUGUGUGCAUGAGUGAUUGAGGUAACUCAAGUAGCCUCUGAUAGCACUAUCCGGCUUUUGAACAACUUUGUUAAAAUAUUAAUGCUGAAAGCAUAUGAGGUUGGGACCUGUGCUGGGGUAAAGUAACUGAAUAACAUGCACAUCAUCAUCCAAGGCUGUAUAACCAUGUGUUGAGAACUGACUCGCAAAAGGGCUACAGAAUAGGCAUACUGCAACUAGUUUGGGUUAGAAAAGGAACCGUUUUGAGGAAGAGACGGUAUUAGGAAAAGUCUUGCCAUAAUUUUUAUACUGGAUGGAUGAGGCUAGUAUACUACUCUUGAUGCCUACAGUAUGAUAUGAAAAGGUCUCAAAGUCUCCCUUUGUCCUGCCACCAGGCACGCAACAUUACAACAGUUUCAUUUAUUGAAAGAGGAGUGCAGAAAAGGCACUUCAGGCUCCCUGCUACACCAUUUGAUUCCACUGGAGACAUUGUGGUUUUUAAAGGGCAACAUAUAGAUACUACAUUUUGUUAAAGGGCAACGUACAAAAUAGAAAAGCUUCAAAUCUGUUGACCUGCUGCCGUAAGACGUCAGAUAAUACGGCUUUUAGUGGGAAAAGUUUAUAGCCAUUGCAACAUUAAGCCGAUCAAAGCUUUGGGAUUUUGAUAAACUGUGGGGAUUAUUAUUAUAUUUAAAUGCUGUGGAGGAAGCCAGCUCCUUUCCAGUUGUGUUCAAGUACAGAGGAGAAAGAGUUAUUGGUCGCUGUUUCCACCUGUGUUUUUAAAGGGCACAAUUGCUUAUUGGAAGCUAUUUCUGCCCUUCGUUUUAAAAUAUUAGUGAAACCUAUGUGACUCUCCAAAGAUUGAAGUAUCAGUAUACUGAUAUAUUUUGGGGGGAGUGGGGCUAAAGCAUGAUCUUUGAGGUAGUCCAGGACACCGAAUGGGUUGGGUAUUUCUCAGAUGAAUCUCCAUGAAAGUGUGGAGGAGUGGCUACACGAGUUAAGCCCCAAAACAUCAUAAAACCCUCCCCAACAGGAAGUUCCCAGAGAAGGCGCUCUCAGCUUCCACACAAGAAAUGCUUCAGAAUGCAUUGUAAAACAUACGACUACUUAUAACCGUUCUAACCAAAAGGUGCUUUCAGAACACCAAGAGAGCAGUAUGCUAACUGUAUGAAGGCAAUAAAGUGUGUACACAGACCAGAAGAUGCAUCUGCAGAAGGCAAGGCAGCAAAUGCACUUUACAGCUAUAUGUGUGUACUAAGGAUUGCUCUUACUUGCUGUGUGCUGAAGGUGUCUCUGAAAUGAACCAACGUAGGAAACCAAAUUCCAGAUCAGAGCAGCCAUCUUAUUAUGUUGUGGCAAAAAUGACUAGUAGCCGUCAACAUUUAUCAUAGUCUGAGCUUGGUCAAGGUGCCUGAAGUGAUCUAGACACUAAGUGCAUAGGGAAGAUUCAGGAAAAAGAGUUGCAAAAGAGUUGUAGGUGCCGACUCAAAUCAAGUAGUGUAACAUUUAAUGGAGGCAGACAAAAUGUGAAUGCCACAAACCUUAACGGUCUCAGCCCUUAGUCCAGUAGGAUUGGGCGAUUGGGGUUUUUAAUAGAAUCCUGCAGUCCAAAUCCUGAAUGGGUUCAGGGUGGACCGGAUACCUCUAAGCACAUGCUCAGCCCAGGAAUUUGUGGCCAGUACCAGAAUCUGGCACACAAGUUCUUUCACAAAAACAUUCACCCCACCUCAAGCAUCCCCCAUCCCCCCCCCGCCAGAACAAAAUUGGAGGUAGGAGAGCUUUCUGGGUGUUCCUAGUGUUAGACAAUUGGCAGUCAGAAGCUCUUGCUGAUCUACUGGAAAUUGGGACGCUGACGAAUUCCAAAUAAAGUAGAAACAGGAACAGAAAUGGACAAAGUUCACUUAUUCACCCCAUGUGCAAAGUAGAAAUCAAUCCAGUGAAUACAAUCAAUAUUCACCACUGUGGUUUCUUUUAGUCCACAAACAAUAUGUAUUGUGUUUCCUUUGCACUGAAAUGAAUGAGAAGCAAUAACACAAUGACAACAUAAGUUGAAUAAUUUACUGUGUAAAUUGUGUAGCAGUUUUUGGCAGAAGGCAAACCGCAGUGGAAUGGAAACAGUGCUGCGUUCGACUGAUAUGGGGCAGGAUGGGAAGCAAUGCCUUUGUUCAUCCCUAACUGCCAGUUGCCUGGAGAGCUACCCAUACAUCUUCAGCUACAUUCUUCACACCCUUGAUCUAGGGAGAUUCGUCAGUAGCAUGUGACGGGAUCCUUGUUGUGCACCUACAGCAGGGAGAAAGUUUCCAGGGGUUUGCAAUGGUAGCAAGCAGUUAAAGGUGCCAAAACCAGAAGAUUUGCCACAUGGCUGCAUUUUCAAGUAGCUUCCAUGGUGAGGACUAAAUGCAUGAGUGGGACCUUGGCUGCUGUUACUAUGUAUGGCAGAUGGUUAGCAUGUUUGCCUCAGACAAAACAGCUGUUAAUAGCAAGUGCAAGCAGUAUUAAGCAGAGUCCACUCUACUUCUCCAUUUCAAGAGUGCUGGCUUUCCAUCUGUCCUUGCUCUCCCCAGACUGUUGUCUCCCUUGGCUCACCCAACUCAGCCAGCUGGCAUUGCAAUGCACCAAAUGUCCUCUAUGCUGUCUUUCCCUUCCUUAUGCUCUUUAGUAAGGUUGUGUAGCUUUCCAUAAUUUAUUUAUUAUAAAAAAUCCAAUACACAGUUCUCUGGGUGAUGUGUAGAAAGUUUUUGGACAGGUUUUUAAAGAAGAAGAAGAAAAUAGAUAAAAGACCAUCCAAAUGCCACCAUAUCAUCCAUAAUGAGCACAGAGAGCAAAAUCUAAUAGCAGCCACAGCCACUUGUAUCAAGUGGUCUUGAUCUCAGAAAGCUAAAAACCAUCUCAGAAAGCUAAAAGCAGCCCAGCUGUAAAAGGCCAAAAAAAAAGGUAUAAAUUGUUCAAUGUAAUUAAUAUUAAAAUGUUAAUUUAAAAUGGGAGGGUGUUAAAAAGUUGUGGGAGAACAAAAAGUUGUGGUGUGCAGAAAGGCCAAUUAAGUAGGUGCCAUGGAGGUGUUCCUCAGUUGGGAUGAAGUAGGGUCAUGGCUGCAUCCAUGGAAUAACUCUCUGUGCUUGAGCUUGAGGGAACACUCGAUUCAGGCCUCCAUCGAUUAUAUUAAGGUACAGAGAGGUCCAUAAGGGGAGAUUUGGGGACAAUGAUUAUAGAAGAUCCAGAAGGACUUGUUUAUUAUGAAAGAAGUGAACAAAAGUGCAUCUCAGAGUUAGUACUGGGCUAUAUUAUGUACCACCUAAGACCACAUUAAAGGUACAUGAUACUUUAUCAUUGUAUAUUAUUGCCAAAUGUUUUCCCUACAUGCUUUGAGAUUUAAUGCUAGAACACACUAGACCUAGACCUGCCAAAUCUCCACAGUUCCAAAGCAUCUCUGUGAUAUUUUUUCCUGUAGUCUUCAUAUCUGGAUGAGAUCCAGUCCCAAGUUCUCAGAGUCAAACAUGGGUGGCUGGCAAGUCUAGUAGUUCAAUGCCAGGAAUUCACACUUAGAUUUAUGCUUUUGUCUGUAUUGCAAAAUGCAAUGAGAGUAUUUUGUGUGGGAGCGGUUGCUGCAAACUAACAAUGGUGUUCACUGUCCUGCCUCUGAGGAAAUAUAUAUGCUUUGCAAAUCUUCUACAAUGUAGAGUCUCCAGUAAAGCAUUGUCUUUGUUGGGGCCCCUCUAAACCUUGACCACUUUAAUGUUGCAUUAGGUGCCCAGUUAUCUCUGCUGGUAUCCUACAGUGAAUGCACACUGCCAGUCCACAUGGAGACCAUCUUAUUACAUGCAAACUUUUCUGCUUCCUUUCAGAUAUUCCCCUGAAUGUGAUAAAACAAUUCCUAAUCAUGUUAAGUGGCUCAGGAAUCAAACUUAAGAAGAACAGGCUUUCAAUCCUUGAAAAAAAUCCAAAAUAUCUAAGACCAAACAGCCAUGCAUUUAAAGGGGGGGAGGACAUCAUGUGGACACCCCUACAUUAAAGGGGAGAAAGGCAGGUGCAAAUCCACAUUUUUCUCUGAUGUGGACAAGCACACUGUCUCUUCUUGGCUGUGUUGCUGACUUCACCGAGUAGCCAUAAGCAUGACACUCUGCUUUUCAAAGCUCUUCAGAAAGGGCUAGCUAGCAGCCACAGAUUUAUGUUUCCUUUUAGCAGUUGCUUGGAUCAAUUAAGGCUUUUGCUUGGACAUAUUUUGAGUGGAAAGCAGCAGGGCAGUGUCCCAACAAAGCAUUAACACAGCUUAUCAGUUAGCUCUGAGAUAAAAGGGACAGAUUACUGUCUCUCAUUCUGCCCUCCCUCCCUUUCACUAAGUGAAGACGAGGAUCCUGGAUAAAGAGGAAACCUUAACCUAGUCUGGGCUCCAGGCCCAGGUUUGUUUAGAGUAUACUGGAUUCCUCAUCAGUUUAAUUGCUUAAGUGAAGGACUAGUUAUAGGUAUUAGGAGAUUCUUCUGCACUUUUAAGUGGUUUCAGUUACACGGGGAAUAUUUCAUAUGCGCUCGAAGUAAAGCAGAUGGGGAGAAGCAGCAACAGCAACUUCUGCUUCUUCCAGCCGAGGAGGAAGCAACUAAGAGUACUGUUUUUUAACAUAGCUGCAAUUUAGAUAAGGCACAACUUCUGUAUGGAUUAGGUUGACUAGCAACUCUUCUAGUAUUUGGAAGGUUGUGUGUGGAGGUUUGCUUGUUUUUAGGUUUUUGUGCCUCCACCAUUCACUUGUUAUCUGUAGCUUAGCUCCUUGGCUUAAGAAGUGUGUUGUUGAUUUAAAAAAAGAAAAAAACCUGGAAUCUCCCAGGCACUUCUCUCCUGUACAGCUCUUACACCUUAAAAAUGCCCAAGUGCCUGCACUGCAUUUCUGGAAGCCCAUCUAGCAUUAUGACUUUGCUUGGCAAGUACAUUUCAGCUCUCCGUUUUCUCUUUUUCCGGUGCACACCCUUUCUGGAGAAACUAAUAACUGCUAAAUGUUGCACCCACCUGAAGUCAUAGACCUUUAAUGGCUCUGCCUAAGGGCUGGUCUCUGUGUGUUUAGCAUGCUUAGAUUUUAGACCACGGCUCAUCAUCUUGAAUAGUAAUGAGCGCUACAGCACUAGGAGUGGCUGUAGGUGCUCUAAUUCCUACCCCUCAUUUUAAUCACUUUCUGCUAAGAGUGACUGCGUGAUACUGCUAGCUGGGACUCCUGCACUGUUUUUCUCUAAGAGAUGUGAAAUGUGUUCCUCAUUCACAGGAAUACCCUGUCCGUUUCACCUGCAUCUACUUGCUGCUACUACUUAUCAUUGUUAUUUCUGGCAUAACACUCCUUAAGUCUGUGGUGCACAUUUUUUAUUUCUGCUGCAACUGCUUUCCAAACCACUUUGUGGUAUCCUCCCAGCUCAUCCUGCAUAUCACAGCUCUUUCCUUUUUUGAGAAUUUCUUGAAAUAAUCAGACUUGUCUUUUAGCUUAUCUGAAAAUGGAAUAAUUCUCUCUUGCUUUCUUGCUCUGCAUUACUAACCUCAGGUGACCGGUAAUAAAAAUGAGCUAUUCCUUGUGGUUCUGUGGAACGAUGAUUCAAUGUGCCUUCGGUGCUGUGUCUGGGUGUGGGCUGUGUCUGUAAGUUGGUGUCUGUUUGGUGAUCUCAUACUUUGCCUCCACCCUCCCCCUCUUAUGCACAGAUUCCCAUACCAAGUGUGCCUACGCUCCAGCCGUCCACUCUUAUCCCUGAGCGCCUGGAAGCUGUACAGCGUUAUAUCAGGGAGCUUCAGUAUCCUUUUAACCUCUGCCACAUUGCCAAGGAAUGAAAAGGGAAGCCGGGCAAGUUCCCUGCUUUGACCACAAAAGAGAAUUUCUGCCUGCUUGGCACUUUAGACCAACUGGGGAAAGAAGCCCAGUCCCCUCCCAAAGAAAACUGCUGUUUGUUACAGCCUGUGGUUUUGCCAUCUAAAACUAGCUUCCUUUUGUUUGUUCCCUUGGCAUCUUAGCAUCCUCUGUGUAAGCAAGAUGAAGUUAAUCCAUUGCAGGCUUCUGGUAUGAGAAAUGCAUUUUACUUGAUGCCCAUUGUGCAAUCCAAAAGGAGGAACUCUGCAUUUAAUUCUUUGAGGAAGGUCAGGGACAGGAGAUAAUGUGCUGCUCUCCUCUGCCUAGCUUUGGUAAGGAAGAGGGAUUUAACAUGUUGCUGAAGGCUCUUGGCUAUGCUAAAAGCCAGUUGUGUAGGUGCCCAUAACUGCAACUGGCACCAGUGGGAGCUUUUCUGUGGCUGCAUGGCCAGAGAGGGGAUAGAAUUUCAUCAGUAUUGUGGCCAGAGGGAGAAGGGUUAAACUUCUCCAUGCACAACUGCAGCCCUGAUGAAAAUUGGGAGCUAUGGACUUGCUAUUAAAUCAUAAAAGCAACAGCCUUGGCAUGGUUUCUAAUUAUGCAGUUAGCAUCACAUCUAGUUUGUCCCAGAGCACACAAUUUCUCUUUUUGUUGUUUUUGUGCUGUUGAUGCUUUGCUAGCUAGGAGUUUUGUGAUUGUAGCAACUUUCCUCCCUUCAGUCACCUCUUCCAAGCUGUGUGGCCCUUAAUUCCUUGUUCCCAGGUACAAUCACACUGGGACACAGUUCUUUGAAAUCAAGAAAAGCAGGCCUUUGACUGGGUAAGUACUAUCACUCUGAAGUCAUCCCUGUUGGAUCUUACCUUCUCUGAAGACUCUACUGAGGCUGGCCAAAAAGGCCCAGGCUGAGCUCUUUGUUGGCUGAUGUCUCAAUGACUUGCCUCCCAGGGGAGGCACAGCACAAAAACCGAUCUCUUUAAGUUGGAUGCAGCUGCUUGGAGUUUUGACUACUUGCCCAAACUACAGUACAAGAGCACAGUACUCUUCCAGAUGCUGAGGUCCUGGAAAGUAUGCAUAAUAGUCUGUAAAAGAGCAAGGUUCUGUCUUUAUUUUCUGGAUUUAUAAGCCUUACACAGUCCAUAUACUUCCUGCUUCAGUAUCCCUGAACUCCAUGCAGCAUAGUAUCUCGAAACCUCUGUCAUUAUUGAUGUCUUGCUUAUAUAAAGACAUUCAACUCAUUUAACAAACACUGGCACUGCACAUUCCUGAUUACGCAUGGCUUUUUGCAGACUUCUGUUCCACCUUGCACUUGUUCCUCCUACCUUGGGACAUUGAAUAACAGAAGAGGAACACCACAGGUUUGAUCAAAAUAGAAAUUAAUCCAAAUAUAUGUGCAGGGUGCAGUCUGGCUUGGAAGAUGAUUUGACACUGAAUUAUUGAAGGGAAACUGUGUGUCAUCAGUGAGGGAGAGGGAUGUGGUGAGGAACUGAGUCUGAAUCAAGCAAAGGGUUUUUUCCCUCUGUCCUUGUGCGACCAGACCAUUCUGUCUUCUCCCAGACCAUUCUCUCUACCUAUGUUCUGCUUGACACUAGCUCCCCCCCUUAAUUCUCUUGCUCCUCCUGUUGUCUUGUUCCAUAGGCUGAUGGAUCUGGCCAAAGAAAUGACAAAAGAGGCUCUGCCAAUCAAGUGUCUGGAAGCUGUGAUCCUGGGAAUGUAUCCUUUUCUCUCAGGAGAGUGUGUGCAUAUCAGUUCAAGCACAGUAAUUUCAACAGGAUGGCUUUAAUACUGUAGCAUUUGAAGUCCACCAUGUCAUGUCCUGUCAAACCAGCUAGCAAAAUACAUCUGGUAUUACCAAGCAUUCCAUUUGGGGGAACAAAUUCUUGCCAUAAUAAAAAAAAAUAUUCAGGAGGUGACAAAAGACCGACAUCAAGGAAGGGCAUGGUGAGUUUCCUCAGGCAGGGAGUUCUCUUGUGUCUCAACCAAGAAGAACCAAAUGAGCUUUGUACCAAAUAGUCUUUUUGGUCCACUGAUGCUUCAGGACUACGCCCAAGUACAUGACUACAUGUGGAUAUCACUUAGAGGAGAAGGUCCCUCCAAAGCAGACAGGUCUGUUCAGCUUGUCUCUUCAGGUGAGAUCAAUGGGGUUUGCUAUCUAGAUCUACCUAUCUGCAUAGUCCUAAGAGUUGGACAUAAUCAACCAAGGUGGCUAAGAUAUUGUUGGAGAUGUGGGGAAGGGCCCUUACUAUAUCCUUCUUUCUGUUGUACCACCUGUUUCCUGAAUGCUUCACCAUUCACAGUUACCUCACCAACAACAUGCCAACCCUGGAGCGUUUCCCCAUCAGCUUCAAAACCUACUUCUCAGGGAACUACUUCCGCCAUAUUGUGCUGGGAGUGAACUUUGGGGGCCGCUACGGUGCCCUGGGCAUUAGUCGGCGUGAGGAUCUCAUGUACAAAGCGCCCACCUUCCGCACGCUGAGCGAACUGAUCUUUGACUAUGAGGAGGCCUACCGGCGCUGUUGGCACACCCUAAAAAAGGUGAAGCUUGGCCAGUGUGUGUCCCAUGACCCACAUAGUGUGGAGCAGAUUGAGUGGAAGCACUCCAUCUUGGAUGUGGAGAAGCUGGGCCGUGAGGACUUCCGCAAGGAGCUCGAGAGGCAUUCCCGUGACAUGAGGCUAAAGGUGAGAGGGUGGGAGAUGCUGUUACCUUGCGAGUGGCUUAUUAACGCUGAGUUCUGUUUGCUGGGGUCAAGCCUUAAAGCCAAAAGCCCUCGGUUGAGUUUGUCUAGUUCAGGGGUAGCCAACAUGGUUCCCUCCAGAGGUUGUUGGACAAUUACUAUCAUGACCAUUAUAAUCAUUAUUCAUUAAAUUUGUAUACUGCUCUUCAUCUGUAGAUCUCAGGGGUGGUUCACAGCAUAAAAAUACAAGGUAAAAACACAAAAUGCAUAAUAAGAAAAAGAACAAACCAAACCAAACCAAUAACCUCCUCUCCCCUCCCUACAACAGCUCCAACCAUUGGCCAUGCUGACGAGGUCUGAUGGGAUUUGUGGAGGACGCCAUGUUUACUGUCCUUGAAUCCUCUUACUUGGAUUCCUGUUAAUGAAUUUUAUAUGGCAUGCUUUAGGGCAAAGUCUUUAAAAGUCUCUUGAGUGCUAGGCAGAAGUGGGCUAAGGAAUGGAAAGGAGAGGAGAAUUGUUUGCUUCUCCAUUGAUCCAGGUCUCAGAUCUGUUUGUUUACCCCAUUUUUAUAUUGUGUUUUUAUUAAUAAACUGAUAGCCGUGGUAUCUCGUUUAUUCUGUAGAUGUACCUAGGAUUCCAUCAGGCUGCAGCAGACGGAACCAGGGCUACUCUCUCAGCUCUGAUGAGAGAGCAGCUUGCUUUGGUUCCUCCUCUCCCUGAACUGUUUUAUAUUCCAGUUGGUCAUUACACAAUAACUACCAUAUUUCUGUAAGAAUUGGUGUGUAAUUUGCUUUACCGCCCCCCCUUCCUUCCUAUCUCCUUUUUGUGUGGUGUCUUUUUAGAUUGUAAGCCUCCAAGUUUUACUCAUCAUACCUAAGUCACUCUGGGAGACUUUCUAAUGGAACAGCAAGGAAAAAAUGCUUUAAAUUAAUAAGGUGUUGAUGUGAGAUGAUGCAAGACAGCUCACACUGUAGUAAAAUGCAUGCAGAACCACCAAGAGUUGGCACAGUAAAAUGGCCAAGAAUAUGAGCUGGGCCAUCCCUGAUUAAAAUCUCACUCCACCAUGCUCUGCAGCCAGUCGGAAGCUGCGGAAGUCCCAUCGGAUGUUCAGCUUCCAAAAAUAGUUCACAAACCAGAACAGUCACUUUCUGGGUUUGCGGCAUUCGGGAGCCGAAACAUUUGAGACCUAAGCUGCUUGAAAACCAAGGUAUGAAUGUAAAACCAAGGCUCUCCUCAUCCUGGUGCGUUCCUCUUUUGGUCUAUAGCUCCAGUCAGCCCCAGCCAGCAUGACCAAUAGUUCUAGAUGGUGAGAGUUGUAGUCCAAAACAUCUUGAGAUUUGCAAGUUGAAGAAGGUUGAUUAAUGCAACAUAUUGGUUAUGUGCUUUGGAUAUUUCAGAAGGAGCUAUACAUAGAUGCUCCUUGCUCUUAAUGUUCACUGCACUUGUCGGAUGUGAAUUUACAUGGCUGCUGUGGGAAGAACCUAAUGGCUUCUACUGCUCACUGUCACUUUCCUCCUCCUAGAUCAGCAAAGGAACAGGGCCACCAUCGCCCACCAAGGAUAGGAAGAAGGAUGUGUCAUCCCCACAGCGAAGCCAAUCCAGUCCACAUCGUCGCAACAGCCGGACAGAACGGCGGUGAGAACAAAGGAUGUUGAUUCUGUGUAGAUGACCAAUCCUGAUGUGGGAUUUUUGUCCCCAUCUCUCUCCUUAUUUAUUCUUAUUCAUUUCACUUACGAAUCACUUCCGCUGAGACACUCCACAGCAAUUUGCAAUGUAAUAAAAAUGUAUUUGAAACAGUUGCCUAUAUAAAAGCAGUUAAAGCACUUGCAUAUAGAAAAAUGAUUUAUAUGAAACAGCAAUAGCAUAUACAUACUAUUAAUUAAAAUCCAAUAGCUGUAACAACUUAUUGUAGUUUAAGCAUGCAAACACAUCUGCAGUACACACUUUUUGAAACUUUAUAGCUGGUUGUGAGCUGAGGCACAUGUCACAAAAAUUUACUUGCAUCUUUUGGGUGCAUACAGCCUCUGAUCGCUACUUCAGCAACACCUCACUUUCCAUCUGUUUGGAUGUUGUGAAGUUGAUCAUAGCACCCACCAGCAACUUUCUUACAUUUAUUUCUUUGCCAUCUUUAAACUUUUAAGUGCAGCUCCUGAGUGGAGCCCUCAGUCCUACAGAGCAAUUCUGCAGAUGUUUAUUUAGGCAUAAGCCCAACUAUGUUCAGCGGAGGUGUGGGGAUUCUUUGGUCCUCCAGAUGUUGCUGAACUACAGUUCCCAUCAUCCUUGGCUAUUGGCCAUGCUUGCUGAUGCUGAUGGGAGUUGUAGUCCAGCAACAUCUGCCAGGUCAAAGGAUCCCCACUUCUUCCCUAGCAAGGAUGUGUUAGGAUGGCAGCUUCAGUGUUGCACAGGGUUGGGGCAGACAUCUGCACCUGCUUCUAAGUCAAGGAGGUCUUCUCUCCCUGAUACGCAUAGCAGAAAAUAAAUCCAUGCCAUCUGCAACUUCACCCACUCCCCUCUGGCUUGGCCAGAUCACCGUGGGGAAGCUUAGCAAGAAGCUGGCACUACUUCCAGCCUUCCCCAAAGCUGCCACCAUCUCUCCCGAGGUCCCCCGAGGGUAAAGCGGAUGGAUAGUUGGGGACUGAAAAUGUGGCUGGCCAAGCCAAGACUUGGACCUCUGCCUGAACUUACUCUUUGAACAUUCAGCAUGUCCAGUUGGCUGAAAAUCCCUCCCAUCACUGUAGUAGCUGGGUGGGGCAUUGAGAGGUGCGUCUUCAACCCUCUCUCUAACAGUUGGAAAAGGUUCUGCACAACGAUACUCCAUUUCACUUGUGUUCCUCCCUUUCCCCCUUUCUCUGCCCUACCCUUUAGACCAUCUGGAGAGAAGAAGCCUACAGAGCCCAAAGCUAUGCCAGAUCUCAACGGUUACCAAAUCAGAGUAUAAAGAAGUCUUCUCACCAUUCAAGGAUUGCUUUCUGGACACUUGUUUGGACCGAGUCUGCCUACAAGGGGCGCAAUGUGUGGGGAAAGGGGUACAGGGGGCAUGAAGUGCUGGUUUCCUCCGAGGUAUUUCUUGCAAUGCUGACCCCCCAGAGCACUAUUCUGUGGGGUACGGGGCGUUCUGGGAGUUCGCUUCUCUGACUUUUAAAGGGGUGAUUUCCUCCCCCUUUAUAUAUAUAUUUUGUAAUCCAGCAGUUAAACAAACUGCACAAGCAGUGGACUCUGCCAGACAGUGUUGCAGUGUUGUACAGUAUUGGUAAGAAAAGUUGUCUUUUUUGCUGAGUUGAUGGUGAGACACUUGUGUCCGCCAUCCCAACGGGAACUGAACUUCUUUUAAUCCCUUUAGAGGGGCAUAUUUUCCACCCUUAUUUCUGAAAGAAUCAAGCUGGUUUGAGGCCUCGGAGAAGGAGAAGUAGGGUCUGGAAUCAAAAAGCUGAAUCCUGCGGAAGAAUUUUUGAAUUUGUACCUUCUGAGAAUUUUAAUAUUUUUAUCGAGUUGGAGCCAGGAGAAAGCAAGCACCGUCUUUGCAUAUGCCCUGAAACCACCAUCUUGUACUUCUGUUUCAAAUGAUGGAGUGCCUUGUAUGAUGAGAACAGCGCUCUCCUGCAGUUCCUGCAGCAAGGUGAAGCUGGCCGCUUUGAUGUCCCAGGAAGUGAGCCUUCAUAGCGGGCAGCUCAGGAGACAUUUCUUGCAUGCAGAAGCCAAAUGAAGGAUAGUAGCAUCUUAACUGGCCUAAUCGUGGCCCUUGGCCACUGUGAUGCAUUCAAGAGAUUGGUUGGAGACCAGUUUUCCAUCUCUUUACUUUCUGGUGCUAUUCUGGUGUCUCGAGUGCAUUGGCAGAGCAUCAUAGCCUUUCAAGGUGGGAGUGUGAUGUGGAUGCAAGGAGCAGAUCCAUAUGACUUGACUCCAUGAGUAUUUCUCCCUUUUAAAGAAAAAGGGAUGUUUUACGCUCCCUCUCUUUUAGCAACACAACCCUUGCUCGUUCUCUUUAUCAAGGUGUUGAUUUGUUGUUGUCAUUUAAAGAUCACACACUAAUUAUUCUUAAGGUAUACCCAUAGCCUUUUCUUUUAUGCAGAUAGUAACAUAUAACUGGGGUACCAGCCACAUCACGUCCUGUGGAUCUAUCACUGUUUGUGGCCUCUUUUCUGGUCCUUCCGUGUGCCCACCACCUCUGCCAAUCAUAGAUAAUGCCAAUCUAGAUAAUGAAAAGUGGGGGGUUUUCUAUGUCUCUCCUUGACUGAAGCCCUGUGUUGCCCUUCUGUCUGCCAUAUGUUUUUAGCGGAAAAUUUGUGCCAGUGCACCUGUAAAUCUUUUAAAAAAACUUAAGCCACCUUGUUAAUUAAAUGUGGUAGCAUGUCUCAGUGCUCCAUCCAUGUCCCUUUCUCAAAAAACAUGGAUGGAUAGGUGGGCUGGUGGCUGUGGGUGCAGUCAGGACAAUUUCAGCACUUAAUUUAAAGGGGGGGAUCUCUGCAUCUGGAAUGGUCAUUGCAGAUAGUGUGUAUGCAGAAGACAUGCCCUGGGAUGAUAAAGGAUGAUAAACUGAAAUGUGGGGAGGACUAGUAUGGCCACAACCUUAAAAGAAGCCUGCUCUGCAAACAGGGCUGAGAUGUCCCUCCCAGGCAGCAAGUGAAUCUGAGAUGCUGCUGCGACAAAUGAUACUCGCUCGUCACUCAUCCCUGUUGAUUAGCUUAUGGCCUCCUUGGGCUCAUUUGGCUUUCAGAGCAAUGUGAACUCGGCAGUAGCUGAGAGAGGGGACAGUGCACAAAAGGGCUCAUGUAUUAUGUAAGGGAUGUAGCUUAAAGCAGUGAAGGGAAACCUGAUGCCCUCCAGAUGGUCUUCUGGCUCCCUCUAUUCCUAGCCAGCAUGGUCAAUGGCCAGGGAUAAUGGGAGUUGCAGCCCAAUAACAUCUGGAGGGUUGCAAAUUCCCCAUCCCUGCUUCAAGAGUGUAAAUCACUUGCUCCACAGUAUCAUGCUUCCCCGUUCUCUUGUUCCAUAGGAUCUGUUCUGGUUGUGGAUUUUCCAUCAUCUUUUCCAGGAAGUCUGAUUGCCUUUUACCACUCUUCCACCCGCCCACCCCCCCCGACAGACAAUAUUUUCCAGGUUUUUACUUAAAGAAAAAAAGCAAAUCUUUUUACUUAACUGCCUUUCUGUAGCAGGAUUGAGCUGGUCUUCCUCUUGACUAGUGAGCUACUGCAAAGUAAUUAAACAUUUCAGAAGAUGGUGUGCUGUGGGUGUCUCUAGCUAUAGGGCCAGGGAGUGUUGUCUGUGAUCAGUAUUUUAUUUGUGAGUUGUGGAUGGAGGAAGAGGCAAUAUGGUGUGGGGCCCAAAGAGGAGGUGAACAUCUACAGUAUGUUAACAUAAUUGGGGUGGGGGGGCGUGGGAGUUCACACGGGGAAUAUUUAACAUGUCUUACUACAAUACAGAAUGUGUACAGACACUUAUGAGCCAAAUGCAAGCAUAUCAUGUUAGAAAAUGUUCACAGAUUAAAAAAAAAUAACACUUUUGGAGCAUUGUUUAAGGAACCAUCCAACAUGCUUGUUGCCUGUCUCCUUUUGUGUCUCUACAGUUAAGAAGAAAAAGAUUUUAAAUAUGACUGGAUCAUAUUUAUAUUUAAAGAUGGAUGUUCUUUUUGUAGUUCACAUUGAGCAUAAUUUUAGGUAAUAAAUAGUGAAAUUCUACUG